AUGAGCUUUCGUGGGAAGGAUCGCGGAAGUGUUUACGAAGAUUUCACGAACAUUGUCGAGACUACGUGGCCUUCGCCGAAGACGAGCGAUGGAGGAUGCGCACUUGACUUGAUCGGAACACUGACAAAGAGGAGGGAAAAUUUAGUUGUCGGAAUGGGAGGUUCAGACAGCAAACUAAAUUUUAGGAAGGCUGUUGUUCAACUAACGACAAAAAAGACGGUAAGGCAAAAUGUCAUGAUACGUUUCGCGACGAAUCUUUUCAAAUUUUCCAUCGCUAGUUCGGAGUAUUGUCGUUUGCACCUGAUCAAUUGCUUGGUCAGUGGUCGCGAACUGUCUACACUGAUUUUGUUUUUAGGCUGUUGAAGCAACCGAUGACACGUUUUGGGAGCAAUUUUGGUCAGAGUCAUCGGCGAAUAUAAGUGAUGUCUUUACUUUAAUUCCUGGCUCAGAAAUAAGAUCUUUGCGAGACGAAAAUCCGUCAAAUUUGGCAACACUAUGUUAUAAGGUGAGUGGAAAAUACUGUACUUACGCUAAGCGCUUUGUCAACGUUCAAAAUUCGUACAAACUACUAAAAGCUUCCAAGAUUCCUUAUUGCAUGAUUUUAAAUUUAUCUCUAUGAUUAAUUAAUUUUCUUUUGUCUCAAACAGCAAUAGAACAGUAGAAAGUAUGACUUCGUCAUGCUUAAAAUAUUAUUAGAGCGCUCGUAUAAUAAUAAGCUAGCUUAAAUUUUUAUAAACUAAACCUGAAUUUUUUGCACUUGAUAUGAUUGACCAGACAACAAGAAAGAAUCUCUUGUUUAGACGAAGUAAUAGUAAUGUCUUGAAAAUUAGUCAUCAGGAAGUGAAGUAUUAUAGCCAUAAAAAUAAUUUUAUGUAGCUGAAAGACUCAAGGAGUUAAAAGUUUUUUGAAAUCCGCUGCAAGAAGUAUCUGAUAAACCAAAACACUGAGUCUGUGCAGGUGUACAAUGAUUUUUCUUAUCUUUGGAGCUUCGGUGGAAUUAAGAGCUGCCACUUAAGUUAUUCUGCGAAAGUGACCAAUAAAUGUAUUGAUAAUUAUUGUUCUUUCUCAUGAUUUUCACUUACUCAACUGAAUAUUUUAGCAGAACUGAUCUUUUGAAACAUAAAUAAUUUACAUGCUCCCACUUUAGAUUUGCCCUGUUUAGAAUAGUUAAUUAAUGUUUUAAUUUUUUUCCUUGUGAAAUAUUAUUUUGAAGUUCAUAUUUGUUUCACCUCCUAAUGUGACAUUUAUUUAUUUAUUUUACAUAUAUUUGUCAUUCAUAUUUGCAAAAUAUGGCUAGUAAGCCUCUCAAAUCAUAAAAUGUUGUUAAAAUUUCUGUGCAGCCCAAGGAUUUAUUAUGCAGACAUUGUGUACUUCACACUUCAUUUAUGAUGGUUAUUUUUUAUAUCAUCACUAUGGUAUUGCUAUGGUCAUGAGGAUUGCUGAAUGGAAAAAUCAACUAUUACAGGGAAUAUAUGGAAAUGACAAUUAUUUCAGUCACUGAGAUAGAUGUUAGUUCUAUCUUAGGGUUAGUUUUCGUAUGAAGGGUACAAAGAAAAUAUAUUUUCCAGCUUCCCCUUCUUGUAAAAUGCAAGUAUAGGGUGUAUUAGGUCAAAAACAUUUUCAACAGCACUGUUGAUUCAUUAUUAUAUAACAAUUAUUCGCUGAAGGCCCGUCUCAGGGAUCAUUCAACAAUAUUAACUAAUCCUGAGGGGAACAAUGUUUUAGUAUGUACACACGAGGUGAUCUUAGCAGAAUGAGAAAGGAAACCAUUAAAGAAAAAAUGAUUAGUUUGAUUGGGAGGUGAAUUCAUGCAUGUAGCCGUUAACAGUAGAUGCGCAAAAGUUAGAUUUUUACAGUAUCUUCAAAGGUGGCAAAUCAUAGUUGUAAUCUUUUUGUAAGCUUUAUCGUCAAUGGUUUAUAGUGUGACCAGGAAAACCGUGAACACUUGAAAUAUCUCAGGAAUGUUUAUUGUGUUAUGACCAAUCACAGCAAAGAUCAGGACAUGCGAACUAGCCACAAAACCACAAACUAAUUAACGUUCCUGCUUGCGGUUCAGUUUUCUCACCCCUAAUUGGCUUUUUUCUUGCAACACAAUAAUUACAUUCCAGAAAUAUUUUUGUUGUUCACGGUUUUCCCAGUUUGAUUGCAAAAGAAAACAUCAAAAGUUUAAAUUACUAUUCCUUCUGAGAAGAAACGUAGAGCUUUAUUUGCUUUCGUCAACUAACCCUGAAUGAGAAACUUUUUUUUGUUGCUUCUUGCGAAUGCUGUUAACAAUGCCCAUGAUCGAGGUGAGUGUUGUUUAUCUGCAGUGUUCUUUGCCUUGUUAACUUGCUGGCAUGUACAAUUUUCGAAAACAUCUGCCUUCCUUUUUUUCUCCAUAAGUUAAUUUCUAUUUAUAGGCAAAAUUGGUAUUGUGAGGAAAUCCCAAGUUCACAAAACAGUGACAAAGCAGCCUCGUUAAUUUUGCUCUGUAGUGGUAAACAUUGCUUCAAGUGUAUAAAAAAGUCAGGUACAGUAAAUCACUUGACAAUAAAUCAGGCUGUUGAAACACCAUGAAGUCUUUUCUUAUUUCCUUCAGAAUCAUCCACACUAGGAUGUUCUUGUAUUUGCAUAAAGUUCUUACUCUGAAACUUUGGCAAAACAACCAAUUUACAACAGCGAUUUUGUUUUGCUUCAUAUUCGCUGCCUAGGUGUGAUAGUUCUUGAUAUUGAAGUAAUCAGGUUGCUUGAAUCACCAAGAGCAAUGAGUGUGUAUAUACUUAAGUCAGUUAUAGGAAGUGACGUUUUUUGCACACUGAUAUCGCCUACAUUUACAUGUUCAUUCAUCCAGAUUGCUAGACUUUUUUCAGUUAACACAUUGAUACACAGAACCAGGCAUGAGAGUACUGCAUGGUUAAAUUAUGAAUGGGUUUUCUUUGUUUCAUAUUCAUUAGCAUACAUUACUAUAUACAAAAACAAAUAUAAAAUAAAAAUUAACUGUAUAUUAAAAAAUAAACUACAACAUAUACUUGCCUGCAAAAACUGAAUGUAAUUAAACUGAACCAUUUUUGUUUUUAAAGAGAAACUUGGGUGUGUAAUACAAUAAUAUUUUUUUCUCAUUUUAUGUUUGUUGAAAAGUUGUUAUCAAGAAGGUAUUUUCUUGGCUAUACUAUCUAACUCAUACCAAAAAACAACUAUGGUGGACUUCCUUAUUAUAAAUCAUGAAAAAUCAAUGAUAUUUAUUUGUCAAUCGAUUUGUCAUAGCAAUUUAGUUGAUCAGUUUUCACCCAUUUCUGUUAUCAGUCGAUAGAAAUCAGUUGAGUGCUACAUUGAUUGACUACUCCAUGAACUUAAAGUUGUUUUGUGGCAUAGUAACUUUCUUUAACUCUGUUGCUAUGCCUUCAAAUUGACAGCCAAUGUUUGCCAGUUUAGUUUGUCAAUUAACUUUGUCAAAUGUUGAAUCCUUAUGUUUAUCGCUCAAUAUUAUUCACGUGCCACACUUGUGAAUAGAGAGCAGAAGAUCAUAGAGCAGAAUGGCGCAAGUUUAUUUAUGACAUGUACUUGUAAAUAGGACAGAAGAUAACUAAAGAAAACAUGAAAAGUAUAAUCAGAGAAGAUCAAACUUUGACAAUUUCUUUGUACUUUAUGAAUAAGACUUGUUGAUUUUUCCACUAUUCUUACACAAUGCUGUGCUCUAAGGAAAAUUAAAUGGAGCCCAGUGCUCUUAACCCUUGAAACCUUGAGUGCCCAGCAUGUGAUUUUUAUGAAAAGACUAAGAUUUUCUAGUUGCCUGACAGCAAAAGUUGGGUGCCAGGGGCCACUGGGUGCUGCUAGAGCACAGCCCUGUUACAGUUGAACCUUUCUACAGGUACUAGCGUCAACGUCCUCUUUACCAUGGCAUCUCUCCACAAUCGCCACUUACAUCUGUCCUCAACGGUGGCUGUUGUAGGGACAUGACUCAACUGUAUUUUGUGCUUUGUAGAUCACAUUAUAUGUGAUGGUCACAGGAAUAUAAUGAUUACUGAUUGCCUUUCCUUGGGCGGAGGUUAGAUAAAAAUGGUAGAUAGCUAGUAAGGCAUGUUACAUGUACUACAGUACUGAGCUGGCUAAAAAUAUCACAUAUCCAGCAAUCUUGGUGGAAUUAUAAUUUGUUUUAUUAUAUAAACACUCCUGAAAUACCAGUUGAGCAUAUCUAAUGUUAUCUUGACAUGUGAAAUGAUCACUGUAUAUGGCUACAAAAUAAAUUGUGCCUUUCACAGCUAAAAGAUAUUAAAGUGAAGUUGUUUGGAAUUUCAUUGCUGUUUUUAUAAUAAAUAGAAUACAGUAAAACCCCACGUAGAAGAACCUAGAUUUUUCCAAGUUAGCCUGAACAGGAUCUUACAGUUGUAUAUAAAUGGUGGUUAACUCGAAAUCAGGCUGUCUAGGUUCUUACACAUUUUCAUGCUAGUUACAGGGAAUUAUAAGUGGAGUGCAAACAUUAAAGGCACAUAAAUCAUACAAAAUAGUGCUAAGUUAUGCUCAUGUUAUUGUUUUCUAUUGUGCUUUUUGAAAUUAUGAAAAAGCUACUUUGAAAUUUCAGCCUGAAAUGGCUCUUACGUGAAGGGUGCUUAAAAUGAAAAUUUCAGCCUGACAGGUUUUUAAAUUUUAAGUUCUUAUACAUGGGGUUUUACUGUAUUACAUGGCUGCUUCGAGAUAUGAAAUUUCUGUUUUUGGUUGUUCGCCGUGCUUAGUUGUUAUAUAUUUUUUAAAACUUAAUGAGAAAUUUUCAUCUCUACAUGGCCUUGUAAUAUCUCCAGUUUACUAAAAACAAGCAGUAAGUACGUGUAUUCAUAUAUGUAAAUAUGUGUAAAUUCAUGUGUUGAGAAUGAUUAGAAGAUGAUUUAGCGUCCAUUUUUUCUCUCAGGUGUGAUAGUUAAUGACUGCUUAGUUUAUCAAAACUGUGGAGCUUCUUUGAUACGUGUAUUAAUAUUUUUUAUUUUAUUUUUGCUUCUUUUAGUGUGUUGAAAAACUUCAGAAUGCUACUUUGACAGGAUGUACAGGUCCAUCUGAACAGCUGUCUGGUAUGACUUAAAUGGCCCUUAAUUUGUUUUUUCACAAUCAUUCCACAAGUGCGCAUUGGAUAUGAGAUGGUGUAUAGUGAAUGAGGCGCAUAGCGUAAUUGUUUCAUUAAAAAUGCCCUCAAAAUAUUGAGAAUUCUUCCCAACUUUCAUUGUAAAAACAACCGAUUUUCAGCUUGUUUUUAAUUUUGAGUGGACGAGUACAGUUACCAUAUUUGGAGGGCAUGGUAUAUUGGCUCAUAUAUCAUGAUGGCUAAGCCAAUCAAAGCUCUAGAAUUGCAUUAUCCAAUGAUUCAGUUUUUAAUAAAAUGAGCUAUGCAUCAGGUUUGGUACUUGAAAAGUUGGACCUCUGAAUCAAAGCUGUUCCAAACUCGCUUCAAAAUCGAAAUUCCUUGCUGGGGUAGGUGGGAAGAAUGGCUGAGGUGUUCCAAAUUGAAAUGGGCGUUUUUAUUAUAUUCAGACACCAAACUUUUCAUGUACCUUAUACGGUGUAGUUUAGCUCAUGAAAAGUUAAGUAAAUGCAAAAAAUACUGAACACUGUUGCAUUUUUGAGAAAAAAAUGAAAUAGUUAUGAAGUGGGAGGAUAAACAAUAACACUGAUAAAGACAGCUGCUGAGAUUAAUUCACUUGAUUAAAUGGUUUGAUAUAAUUUCUUAAUCUUACAAGCACAAGGUCUGCCAGUCCCACUUCACACCCACCCCCAUCCCCUGGCGGCACUUAUCACCCAUCCCCAUUGAAGGUACUUCCCUAAUUUACUACUACUAUACUAGUUUGAUUGAGUGUCGUAAAGUUUUUGUUGUCAGUGAUAUUAUUUUACUUGCUGUCAAUAAAUAUUAUGGUUGUGAAAGAAAAGCAACUUUCUUGUCAAGUAGAAAAGUUUGUGUUUGAUCGUUUGCUGGCAGAAAAAGGCCCUCUAGAGGCUGUUCAAACAGUAAGGUAAUAGACACUGCAUUUUGUCUUUAUGCUUUUCAGUUCUAAACUGUGUGCGGCUGCUGACGCGGUUUAUUCCAUAUAUAUUUGAAGAUCCAGAUUGGAGAGGAUUUUUUUGGUCUACUGUUCCUGGACAAGAUGUAAGUUGUUGGUAAAUGAAAGUUAUUAGUUUGAUAAAUAUACAUUCAUGAUGUUUCCAUUCAUCCCUGCUGAUGCAUGGUAAUUUUAUGAAUGACAACCUUUUAUAACAUAGCUAGAAUAUUUGCUUAAUGAAAUUCAGUAGCGCGAGCGUGCUACAUAUUUCCAUUGCAUUUUGAACACGCUGAUGAUGUCAAUAAACUAUACCUCGAAUUCUUGUGAGCUUAGCAAUCCUCCCAAGAUGUCUCCCAAGUGCAUUCAUUACUCAGUAGUACAUGAUGAAGCGUUUUUGUAAUGUAAACUUAACUUUUGAAUUUGUUAACCGAUAGUAGGGAAAAGAGGUGAGUGUAAUGUUGUUGUUGUUGUUGUCAUUUGUGAGAGAUGGGCAGGCUAUGAUGUUUGCAAAUCAUUCUUUGGAAAGUUGUUUCUCUCAAAGAAUUAGAGAAUUUUUCGGCAGUUUUCCAGCAGUUUUCCGGCCCCUCAGUAUGGAUUUUACAAUGUUUUUUAAUGUUAUCUUCAGCGACUUGAGUUAACUUUCUCCCAGUUUCCAAGGUAAAAAACACAACUGUAAGGUAAAAAAAGUCACAUAAACAUUGACGCGUACUGCUUUGAGCGUGUGCUACAACAAUAACAUUUUAAGUUAACUGCUGAAUUGAUCGCUUUGAUAUUAAUGUUAUAAAACAUUUAGUUCAUGCUUCAGCUGUGCGCAUGUUGAGAUAUUGAGCACUUGGGAAGUCUGGAGAGCACUCAAGAGGCUAGAGUAUUGAGUUGCUCUUGGCCAACUCUUAUGCCUCUUUUGUGCUCUCCAAACUUCCCAUGUGCUCAAUAUCUCAACAUCCGCACGCUGGUGCAUUGUUAAUUAUAUAAUUAAGCUGUUUCACAUAAAAUUUAACCAUGUCAACCAUGAAAUCCCCUUUGGAUUGGCUGAGCUACAAUGCAGUGAGAAAUUAAAGGGACCAUUGAAUAGCUUAAGACCAUAAGUAAAGUUUUGAAAAAUGUUUUGGUAUCAGUAAUGUACGUGCAAAGAAAGUCCUGUCCGAUAGCCCACGGCUAGGAUUUUGCUAUGCAUGGGCCAGUGAUUUUCGUUCUUAUCUUGCCCGAAGUGCAAGUGCUGUUUUUUGGGGAAAUUCAAAUCACAGAAGGAUUGUAAUCAUUAUCCUGCUAAUCAAAAAGGGUUUUGGGGCUAGUUGAAAUGACUUGUGGGCUAGUACAUGCUAGCUACAGCUUGCCCGAAUGGCAGGCUGAAAAACUGACUUUCUCUGCACCCUGAGUAAGCAAUAAAAAUACCAGUACACACUGCUUAUAGAACUAUUUUAUUCACAGGAAGAAAGUUUUCAUCAUGGUGAGGUAAGAGUAAGCUGUGGCCUCAUGAUGCUCUGAAUGCAAAUCUCUUUUUGUGUUAAAUUAAUGUUGACCCUUCAGUGCUGUAACUGUUUGGCACCAGCCUCUUAUUUGUCUUCCCUUCUACUGGGCCCCAUUCUGUUGCUGAGGUGCCAAACUUUUAAUACCCUGUGCAUAUUUUACUGGUAAAAUCCCUUCUGAGGUUAAACCAACAUCCAGCUUCUUAGGGUUAGCUUUUCGCAAGGGCUCUAAGCCUGGUAAUCUAGGUUGAAUACCGAGAAUGGAUUUUGCCUACAAGAUACUUGCCUCCUGCUACCUAAUAUUGCUCCUACCCAACUGGGGGUAUUAAGCUAUAAUUUACUGUAUAAGACAAAUAUCUUUCAAUUUAUAGCUGUAGUGUAAGAAAAACAACUUGACAACUGUGGUACAUGUGGUUGGCCUUCCUGGGUACUUACGAUUGUAUUUUUUUUGCCAAACUUUUUUGUAAAAGGCUACCCUUGUAGAAUCAGACACUAUGUAGAAUCUAUGCAAAUGCUAUGUCACAAAGCUAUGCAAAACCUAUGUUAAUCAGUCAUACAUUGCUUUAACCAGAUCCUAUGUUGUUUCUAUGCCAGGACUAUGUUUUUUGUAUCGAAAAUGCUAUGUUUUCGCUAGUCAAACGGAACCUACUUAAAAGCUAUGCAGUUUUUAAAGGUAGGAAUAAAGGCAGAAAUGACAUAGUUUCCACAUAGCCUAUACAUACAGUUUACUUAGCUUGUGGAAAGAGAUUUUAGACUUCAUAGUCAACCUCAUAGAAAAAUCAUAGAAAAUAAAUAGCCUUCACAUAGGACUGAAAUAGAGUUUACAUAGUAAAAUGGAACAGGGAACAGUUGAUUAAAUAGCUUUUGAAUAGGGUUUGCUUAGAAUUUAGAUAGCCUUGAAAUAGAAAAAACAUAUGAAAAACAUAGCCUUUUUAAAGGUGACAUAUACUUUGCAUAGCAUUAAAAUAGGGAAAACACAGAACAAAAUAGUCUUUGCAUAGGUUUGAAAUAGGAUUUUAAUAGUAUUUGAAUAGGUAAAACAUAUCACAUACACAAGCUUUAACUAGAGUUCAAACAGAAAUUACAUAGAAUUGACAGUCUCUUACGUAUGUAGGUUUCGAUCUGCUUAAGCAAAUGUAGUGUUUAAAAUACGUUCGAAAAAAUCACCAAAAUAGUAAAAAUAGUAUAAACAUAUGAAUUAGAAUACCUUUUACAUUGGUAAGAAAUAGGUUUUGAAACAAAACAUUGAAAAACUAUAGCAAUAUAAUACCAUGAACAUAGUAACACAAAUGCAGUAUUUUCAUGGAGGUUUUAGAAUCGAAACCCCAAGUUUAAGUUUGCUUAUCGUGUAGACUUUUUGCUGAUGUCGUGCUCUUCAGUACCAUACAGUUUCCUUUUGACUGCAACGAAUAAGUAUCUGCAAACAGAAAAGUGGAGAUUUUAAGGCAAAUGAACAUAAAAACAACCCGACGUUUUAGAAUUGAAACGAAGGAGUAUCAAAGCUUGAUCGACCGAUCCUUGUUCAGAUACGCGAAAAGGGGAGACAACACAAGCAAAUCGAAACUUAAUUGAGAAAAACAUCACUUACCAACGUUAGGAAUACUUUUUGUUGAACCUGGCAGGAAAAAGACUGGAAAUUGAAGUAAAAAGAAGCGUCUUCUUGUAAAAGCGCACGCUUACAGCUCGUCUUCUUUGACUUGAAAGCGUCCGCGUGGAGACAGACAAUUUUCACACCUUUUCAUUGGUUGAAAAGGCCCACGUGACGAUAAAACGCAAAAUACGCAUGUGUUGAACUCACGGGCUUCCCUGGGAACUAGUGGAAACAAGAUGGCGGACAAACAGCCACCGAGGCAGGUAGCGCUCCGCAGUUUUGACCAUGCAGUUAUAUUCAGGAGACGUCCACAAUCAAGACGAAGGAUCGAACCCAAUGUAAAAGAAGAAAAUGAUGCAUGGCAGUAUCAUUUCAAGUGAAGAAACUCUAGGGAAAAGCUAGAAAGGAAAGUUAAGACAGGGAUGAUGGAUGUAGCGAUUCAAUGCUUAACAAAAAUCUUCUCACUAAGAAACUAUCUGCAAGCACAAAAAAAGAUUAUAGUACAUGAUUUUUCAGUAUUUUAGUUUAAAACACUGCUUUUUACUUUGAAAGUAUGCUUAGCCUUCUGUAAGCGCUACCAUCAACAUGCCUAGUCACUUAAAAGCUAUGUUGGAAUAUCACAUAGGAAACGCAUAGACUACAUAUAUUUUUCAUAUGAGUGACAUAGGAAAAAAUAUGUUUAUGUAAAAGCUAUGUAGCCUUUAUCUCAUGAUAAAGCUAAUUGAAAAUGUCACAUAGUGAAUACAUAGGCUGCAAAUAUGUUUCAUCACAUAGCAUAGAAUAUACAUAGCACUAUGUAAAAGCUAAGAAACUUGUUGGAAAUAAAAGUGAAGAUCGAAAUGCUAUGUAAAAGCUAUUUUACUUUGAUGCAUAGUGAAUACAUAGGAUGCUGAUCGGAAGGAAAAGCAGAACUUUCUAUUGCAUAGUAAAUACAUAGCUAUGUCAAGACUAUGAAAAGAUUUUGAAUAGUAUUUGCAUAGGUAUUCAAAAGCUAUGUGCUUUUCAAAUAGCCUAAACAUAGUUUCAACAUAGAUUUUGCGUACUUUGGACUAUGUUGUUUGGUGUGUUACAUAGUUAAUACAUAGGCAGUAGUGAACAUAACAUAGCUGAAACAUAGUCUAACAUAGUAAACAAAUAGCAUGAGCAUAGGUUUUGCAUAUGUCUGGUUCUACAAGGGUAUGAAUUUAUUAUCCCCAAUUUAUGAAGUUUCUACAUCUUAUGCAAUCCCUCAGUCAAGUUCUAGACUGAAAAAGGCCCUAAAGUGCUUUAAUAAUAGUUAUGUCAAACAAAGAACUGUUCUUUCCACAGGCUGCUGAGGCCAGGCCACCUCUUGCUCAAACUUUGCUCAGUUCUCUUGCUGUGAGUACUGCAUAAAAUAUCCUUUUUUAUAAAAAGAAGAAAAAAACACUUUGAAAGGAGCAUUGCUACAACAACUGUAUUUAGGGAUCAACAUGCAGUUUUUUGAAACUCAAAACCAGAUGUUUUAUUUUAUACAAUGUAUACUGAAUAAUCAGGGCUAUUGAAUACACUAAGGAAGUGAUUGGAUCCAUUUCAUUUAUCUUGUAUGGGAGCAGGAAAUGGAUGAAAGUAAGAAUAAUAAAGUAUGUGACAUUGAUUUGUAAAGUAAAUGCUCUAAGGCAAAAACUUGUCAUUCCUCAUUUCUUCACAAAAGCCAUCCGCUUUUUGGUCCAACCUAGUAUCAAUUUAACUGCUUAAUUUUUGUGAAAAAUAAUUCUGUAAAAUGUGAAAAGAUUAAUUUUUCAAUUUUGAUGUUUUAGGAUCUCUGCUUCUGUCCUGAAUUUACUGUUUAUCCGCCAAAGAAAACUGGACCUGUAAGUUGAGUGUUACUUGGAUUUAUUUUCAAAUCACUUUUAACAUGCAGGCUUCAAGUAUAAUCAGUGUUGUUUUUAUUGAAUUUUAGGAUCAACCAGAAGACCUGUCAGCUAUUGACAGCUGUGAAUAUAUUUGGUAAGAAUUCUUGUGUUCACUAGGCAUGGAGAUAGUACUGAACCACUCCUUCUUAAAGCAUUUUCACAUGACUUCACAUCAGCCAAUUGGUGUUCUGAAAUGUAUCGAAACAACAGCCAUCUUGGUGCACCAAACUAACCCUUUUUUUUGGUGGAAAUACUUUUUUGAGAGCGAAAAUGCUACAUAUAUAAUACAAAGUUUGGUUGAAAUCCUUUCUGUAGGCUAGCAAAUUUGAAUUUUAGAGACCUUAAGGUCGAGGUUUUUCAGCAUUUCUGCCAAACUGCAAACAUCAAGAAGUCAUGAAACCAGUGCCUUGUCAUCAGUUUUGCAGUUUGAGGUUCACGUUUGUAUGGCAUGACCAAACUCUUGAGUUAUUAAGUGAUUCACUGUAAGGUCUUUUAAAUUGCACAAUCCCAUAUUUGAGAGAAGGUCCUACUUUUUAGAACACUUUCACUUAUUAAUUGUUGAACUAUUUUUUGUAGAAGCAUUAUUUUGAAGACAGUUUCGAUCUCAGCUAAAAUAGAAGUGAAUGAAUGAAUGAAAACAAAAAUGGCAGCCAUUAGCUACCAACCCCGAAUCUUAAGUCCCAAAUAUGAGCAGAUGGAUAACCUGAAACCACUAACUGUUUGCAGUGAGAUGGCCAAACGUCGAUCUUUAAGUCUCUCUUAUUGUAUUGGGUGUGCUGUUGAUUGAGAUGUAACAUUACAUAAUUACUAAUAUUAAAGUGAAAUGGGGUUCUUGAGUUUACAAGUUUUAUGCAUACAUGUAUGUGUUGUCUACUGGUAGAUUUAAUUUCACCUAAAAUACACAUGAUUUGUAUGCGCAUGACAUAACUACAUCUAUCUUUAAAACAGGUCAGAGAUGCAAAAUGUAAUUUUUAACUCUUUUUUUUUAUCAAAAUUAAAUAACAAUACUAACAAUGGGGAAUUAUUUGCAGGGAAGCUGGGGUUGGAUUUGCAACAUCUCCACCUGCUAACCCACAGUAUGACUGCAACAGAACUGAACUUUUAAAGCUGCUCUUAACUUGUUUCUCUGAAGCUAUGUACCUCCCGCCAACAGGUUGGUUAAGGUUCAAAACUCUUUUAUCCAAUGCUGUCUUCAACGUGAACAACCAGAUAUCUUUCCUGUAUCUUCAGUGUAUAGUGACUUGCUCAGUAUUGCUCAUCAGGUUCAAUUUGUAUUUCCCUUUUGGUGUGUGUUUAGUUUUGUAUUAGUUGUUAGUAGAUGUUUGAUUUAAACAAGUGAAGUCUGAGCAGGUAAUAUGUAUAGGUCAUCAUCUGUUCUUUUCAAAGUUUACUUCCUUUAUUGUAAAUUGUCGUGUUGUUUCAGACAGUACAGUUAUGUACUUUCUUCAGUACGUGUACUUUUAUUAUAGCCUCUAUUAUAUAGGCUCUUCAGUUCCCCACCUACAUGGGACUACUUAUUGCAGAUACCUGGCAACUUGAAAUUUUAGUGACAACCCUGGCUUACUAGAACAUAUUUAAAAAGUUUUAAAAUUGCUGUUUCUUGAAUUUGCACAGCUGAGAACCAUUGCAGGCCAAAUAAAUGGCUUUCAUUUUUCUCCUCUUCUGGAAAUAGGUGAGGACUACAGCACUGUAGUUUAAAUUUUGUUUUGAAUGUUUACAUUUUUAGUAUUUUCCAGAUGUGAUGUGUAGGAAUUUUAACAGUUUAGAGCCAUUGUUAUUUUAUGUAUGUUACCUGCAGUCUUUACUUCUGAUAAGAUUGCAAAACUGCAGUCAGUUUUAACUGAGCCCUAUAAUUUCAAUAUUUUUCCUAUUUUACAGACAUGCUCUUCCAAUAUUCACCUCUUUGUUAAAUCUUGUGUGUUCCUAUGAUCCUGUUGGAUAUGGAGUGCCGUAAGUAUUGUACAAUUUUCAGUUUAUUACACAUUUAGGGAAACAUCUCAUUUGAAAAAGAAAAUGGAGAAAUUAUAGUUUUAUGGCUAUGUUACUACGGACCUUUUAUUCAAUGAGUAUUCAGCAUUGUUUUUAGACUGUGAGUGGUUGUUGAAAUGCUAUUUGGGGUGACUAUCUAUUAUAAACCCUGGUGAAUGCAAUCUCCAGCUGUACACUGACAAAACACAUUUUGCGUUGUGUUCUCAAAGUUUUUUUUUAUCAUGAGUGAUUCAGGAUUGCAGUGUGAAAAAAGUUCUACAAUUUAAUUAUAGGUAUAGGAUUUAAUGGAGGCGACACUAUAGUUGGGAAAUUGUACCCAUGUUAGUCAUUUUACUGACAAACAGUGAUGACUUACAGAUAUUUUCAAGAACAACAAUUUGCCAUAUUUUCCAUUUUGAAUGUUAAACUUUUCUUUUCCUCACAAGAGGAUGUGUUUUUUAGAUCUAUACUUUUCACAAAGAUACACUAUCACUUCUCAAACUCAUUGAUUAUUAACGCAGUCAAAAGCUCUUAAAUAAUGAUUGUUGGGUCUGGUGGAUGAAUCUUCAUACCUAAUGAAACACCAGAUAAAACACCAGCAAGGGUCAAUUUAGUUGAACCUUUACAAGUGUAAUUUACAAUUGUGGCCAUUGUUUUGGAGUUUGAUUACAAAAGCUACACUUGUAAAAGUUUUAUUAAAUUGACCCCAGGUUUCCAUCUGAGGUCUAACAUGUUUUUCAUCCAAGGGAAAGUUCAUUUAAUAUGACAAGGGGGGGGGGAUGAAGAUAUUGAGGGGGCUCUGAAAAUUUUUAGACACCCGAAGGAGGGGCUCUGAAAAAAAUUGUUGCGCUAGGAGGGGGGGUCCGAAAAUUUGUAUACUUCAAAACCAACACAUGACAUCAUCAUACAGAUCGGAUGGUUUUCAACUCAACAAUUUAAUGACCUGUGCAACUCAGCUAUAUCACGUGGUUUACAGACAUAACAAAUGUAGUCUCAGUAAUUAUUACACUCUUGUUCAUCCCAAAAAUGCUUUAGAAAAUUGUAACACAACUGUAUCUCAAGUUUGUCAUAGUAUAAACCAUUGAAGACAAUAACGGUAAAUAUAUUUAAUACAGUCUAGCGAUCUUUUUUCAGGGGAGCAAAGGAAUUGAAGGAGGAGGAGGGGGGGGGGGCUCUGAAAUUUUUUCGACUACCAAGGGGGGGGCUCCUAAAAAAUUGAACCGCUAGCGGGGGGGGCUGCUAAAAUUUCAAGCUUCGAGUUUCAAUAUCUUCAUCCCCCCCUUAAUUGUCAUAUUAAAUGAACUUUCCCCAAGAGCAGACACUUGCAUGUAAACAUGUUCUUUUUGUGAAGGACAAAAAUGUAGCACUGCACAAUUUAUUAUUGAUUGAUUUUGAGAACACAUGUCACAGCAUAAUUUCUUAUUGUUUCUUUUGAGAAGACAUGCAGGCUUUGUACUUUAUCACUGGUUGCAAGCACCUUGAAACAGAUUAAAGCACUUUACCUAUGUCCUUGUACUUUCAUCUUUUUCUCAGUGUUUGGAACCUGUGAUGAAGCACUUGUUUUCCUUUUGGACAACCUGUAUUACUUGACUUAUAGUUAAAUAACGAGUUUAUCACACUGGUUUGUACAUAUUUUACAUGAAGUCAUUUAAAUGAUUGUAUUUUUUGAAGGUAUAACCAUCUGAUGUUUGCUGAUUACCGUGAGCCCCUGGUGGAGGUAGCUGCUCAGUUGCUUGUAGUUUUAUUGGAUCAUGAAACAAUCCAGCAGUCUGGGGUAACAGUAAAUGGCACUGAUGCUGAGCACUCUUUUGAGGUGAGCUGCAUGAGUUAUUGCACUUAAUUCACCUGUUACAACAGAUAAUCAUCAGGGGCUUUGGGGAGCAGGAAGGGCACAGUGGUGAGGGUACAGCUUGAAGUAGCCUUGCACCAAUAGUAUUUGGAUCAGGUUUGAGUCCUGGCUUAUUUAUGCCUUUAAUACGGGUUGAGUUUGUUGUUGGCCCUGAGAGGGUUUUUUUGGUUACUGCACGGUUACACUCUCCUCAAAAACCAUCAUUUCAAAUUUAACUUUUAUCUGGAAGUGUUUCCAAAUUAAGUUGGGAACACCUAGAGGGCCACAGGGUUAUCAGUUCUUGGAAUUUUAAAGGUGUCACCCUUACUGUAUAAUGUUAGUUCUAGAUUAUUUGUGGCAUUUCGUUUUUACUGCCUUUAAGUGUUAAUUGCUUCAACUAAGCUCUGCUCUCUAUCCAGUGGGAAGGGAAGGGUGUUCCAUUGGUUUUGGUGGUGGUGAAACCUCUGUGGGCUACUCCAUGAUUUUUUUGGAGGCUGUGUGAUGCAGGGACCCUGGAACCCUGAGUGUAUACCAUGGUCAGCUGCAUUUUUGUAGUCCUACUCAAGUCUUGAUCCGAAAAAAGUGCUCCUUUCUAAAGACUUUUCAAGUCUCUCUCAAGUCAGUUUGCCUCUUUUUACUGUUGAUAACUCUCCCCUGUGAAUCUUCUACCUCAGAAUUUUACACCAACAUUGUGCAUGAAAAAUGUGCCAGGAAAUGCUACAGUGUAGUGAUAUUUUACACCGAACAGCCAUUAAUUUUCAAAUUAGUUAUUUAAAGCUAAAUACUAAUAUACUGCAUAUUGCAGACAGUUCAUCAAAGUCACUCAUUCAGUACAUAUAUAUAAUAAUAUCAUUUGUGUGCAUUAUUUUUGUAUGAUUUUUUUUUAGGAAACUCCAGUGGACAAUCUCUUUUGCAACUAUUUAUCUAGAAUACACAGAGAAGAGGUACUGACAAGCUAUCCAUGUUGAGUAAAAUUUGCCCUUUAACUUCAGUAUUAUUUUUCUUCUAUGAGCAACUUGCAUUGGUCAUUGUCUUCUGUUGUGUAAGUUACAUAUGUAAUGUAACCACUAAACUGGUAUCAUUUUGUAACCUUGUAGGAUUUCUACUUUAUUCUUCAUGGUAUUGCAAAUUUGCUCAACAAUCCACUUAUUCAAGUAAGUGAGUUUCAACAAGUUUAGGAUAAUGGUGUUGAUUAAUUUAAUUCCUAAUUGGCAUGACUCUUUUGUGAGUUUUAUUCCCCUCGAAACAGGACUUGCCUGAGAAAUUCUUUGAAUGCAAUGCCAAAUCUUUGACUUCUUAUUAUGACUUAUCGUGGCUAUAAUGUGCACGUUAACGUUUUUUGUCCUUUUCAAUUUCAGACCUACCUUCCAAAUUCUUGCAAGAAAGUCAGCUUUCACCAGGAAUUGCUGGUUCUGUUUUGGAAGAUGUGCGACCAAAAUAAGGUACAUGUUGCAGGUUAAUUUCAUCCUUGAUUUAAAUGUAUUUUCCUCUGUUUUUUGGUAUGUUAACAGGGUUCGCACAGUCUUGAAAAGUCCUUGAAUUUUAGGGGAAGUCCUUGAAAAGUCCUUGAAUUCCAUUUUUCCUUGAAAAGUCCUUACAUUUCUGUGCAAGUCCUUGAAAAGAGCUUGAAUUUUCUUCAACUUUGAAUGUAGUAGCCUGGAAAGAAUUUUUUGAUGCUUUUUGGUUGUCCAAGACAGAAUAUAAAUCGUAGCUCAGUGAAUGUAAAGGUCAUUUACAUAAAGUGCUCCAUGUUUUAUGCAAUAAUUAACUAUCAGUUUAAGACAAGUGAACUGAAAAAUGUAGAGAAUUUGGUGAAGCAAACAGUUAAAGCCUUAAAGUCUUAUUAGAAUAGACUGGGAAUAUGCAUUUUUGUACAAUCUGUGAAAUUAUAUUCCUAGUAGGUUGUCCUUGAAAAUCUAAUGUGGUCCUUGAAAAGUCCUUGAAAAGUCCUUGAAAAAUGGUUGCAAUUUUUUGUAUGAACCCUGGUUAAUGUGUGAUAAUCUAGGUUCCAACAAAAAAAAUUCCAUGUACAGUAACACAUUUAAUUUUGUCGUUGUUUAAUUCACUCAAUAAAGUGAGGAAGGUAUUGGAAUUACACUUAGUGAAUUGUAAUAGUUUGUAUUAUUGGUUUGUCUGUUUUUUGUUUGUAGAAAUUUCUGUUUUAUGUACUUAAGAGCAGUGAUGUCCUUGACAUCUUGGUUCCAAUACUCUACCAUCUGAAUGAUGCACGGUCUGACCAAUGUAAGUAAUUUCCUUGGGUUGUGUAUUCACAGUAAAUAAUAAAUAAUGUUUGUUGGGCCUCUAUUUGAUAUUGCUGAUUAUUUACAGUCACCUGGUGACAGUAAAGAAGUAUACCUGCCAACUUGAACGCCUGUGGACCAAACAAAUCAAUCUCACACAUCAAGGAUAAUUUCUCAUACCUGACUUGCAAAAUCCAAAUGAAUUGUUACUGAACAAAUUAUUAACGAAAAUUCAAUUCAGUCCCUAAAAAUAUUCUAAAAAGGCACUUAAUAUUGACUUAAUAUCCUAACUGCUUCACAACGCGCUAAAAUUGUUGCCCUUCAAAUAGUUUUGAAGUGCUCAAAGGUCUUUGGAACAUCUUCUGACAUUUUCAGCAUCAUUCAGAAGUUCAUUUAAUUGUCAGAAAUCCUCAGAAGUCGCUGGGACUUUUACGGAAAUCCCGGUUAUGACAAGACGAAAAUUUUGUGCAUUUGACUCAGAAAAAGUUGACAGGUAUAAAAGAGAGAUGGAGAACAGUAAUGUAUAACUUGUAAAUACUGGUGGUUAAAUAAGUUGCUGUCAGCAUUCCAAUAAGUGUGAUAUCACAUGCUUUUGAGGCAAAAGGGAACUACUGUGUGAUUUACAUGUGUCUCAUGGUUUUGAAGCAACAGAAAUGUGUGUGAUGUUUCAUGGUUUUAAUGAGAAAAUGAGGCAAGUGAUGUAUUUAAUAUGCGUUUUGUAUUUCCUUUGUCCAGCACGUCUAGGUUUGAUGCACAUAGGGGUCUUUAUAUUACUACUGUUAAGUGGUGAAAGAAAUUUUGGUAGGUUUAAAUCUGAAUGAAAUUUCUUUAUUUUAUUGUAUUAGAUUUGCCAGUUAUUGGCCGGGUCACCGCAACAGCAUGACGCCAAUAACUGCGGGCCCGUAGCAGUCCCUCCCCCCUUGAGAGAUGGGGGGAGGGACUGGGAGAUCUGUUAGACUAUUUGUGAACAGUAUUUUUUUUACAUGAUAUGACAGCGCUAAGAUCAGGGUUCAUGUUAAAGUAAUAAAAAGUCAGUCAUCUCUUGGUUAGUAAGUGUUAUUUAGAGGAUCCAUUCUCCACUUAAUUCUUUUAUUACUUUAUGAUUUAUUAAUUAAUUCUGUCAUCCUCAAUUGCAGUUUUCAGUUUUAUUACUUCUCUUACUGUGCUUGUAUUGUGUUCAUUUUAUUUGAUUUUUUGUUUAGGUAUGCAUUUAAAUAAAUUAUUGCCUAUUUAAUAAUGUUAAAUAUAAUUUUAAUAGACCUUUUUACCGAUAUGGGGGCCAUAGUGAAUUAAUUCGAUUUAAGGAGUAUUAUACUGAGGAUGCCCAGGGGACAUGAGCACAUUUUGUUUGUAUUUUCGAGCACUUUUUGGGACAUUUUUUCGUAAAGUUUUCUUAGAAUAAGAUUGUAAUGGGAAAAAAGAUCCUUGUGCCGUGUUUGGAUGUAAUAAUGAUCACCUUUUUCCGGAGAAAUAUACAGUGAAAGACCAUAUUUCUAAUACUAAGCUAGAAAAAUACUAUCAUUAUUACAUCCAAACACGUCACAAGGAUCUUUUUUCCCAUUACAAUCUUUUUCUAAGAAAAUGUCCCGAAAAGCGCCCGAAAAUACAAACGAAAUGUGCUCAUGCCCCCUGGGCAUCCUGUAAUACUCCUUAAAUCCAAUUAAUUCAAUAUGGCCGCCGUAUCGGUAAAAAGGUCUAUUUUACUUUGUAAAACACUAUUGAUCAACAUAUGUAAAUAGGGCUGUAUAAGAUAUUAAAUCAUUAUUGGUAUUAUUAUUUUUACUGGACAGGUGUUCGUCUUAAUAAGCCGUACUCAGUUCGAGUACCAAUGGACAUUCCAGUGUUCACAGGAACUCAUGCAGACUUUCUCAUCAUUGUAAGUACAACUGUACCUACAGUGCAGUCACAUGUAUUAAUAAAAACAGAUGUUGAUAGAACCUGGCUGGGUAAUUUAUCAUCAAUUUCAACAGUGAUGGCUACUAUACGAAAGAUUUUUUAAGUUAAUUUUGCCAUUUUGCAAAAUAGUUUAAAGUACUUAUUAGGAAUAGUUUUAGUGGUAAAAGAGGUUGACGCUUUAACACUAAAUAUAUGUGAUUUAAUUCUUGUGGGUUUAAAACAGAGUAAAACCAUAGCUUUAACUCGUUUUAAGUCCAGUUUUGUCACAUAUAAUGAAUUUUUUUUUUCCAUUUGUAUCCUUCAACAUUUUAGGUAUUCCACAAGAUCAUAACUAAUGGUCAUCAGAGACUGCAACCAUUGUUUGACUGUCUGCUAACUAUUAUUGUAAAUGGUAAGAUGACAAUUUAAACUUUCAAGGUGUUUAUCACUUCUGUAUAUACAGUACUAAUCUUGGUGGAUAUUUUAUACCAUGCUUAUCAGGCGCGGAUUCAGGAUAAAUAUUGAUCGAUUCCCUGAGAAUGAGCGCCGAAGGCGCAAGGGUCUGGUGGGAUGCGGGGGCAUGCUCCCGCAGGAAAUGUCCUGGGUUUCUGAACCAUUCAGACAGGAUUUUGGUCAAUUCAAUUCUCCUUGGAUAACGCCCUACAAAUCGGCGGAUUUUUUCAUCUCUCGAUUUCAACUUGGAGAGGUUUUUCAUAUUAAAAAUAUAUUUAUCAUGGAAACUCUGACUGAUUUCCGUAAAACGGUGGAAACCGGUGUGCAUCCGCGCCCGCUUAUUUCCUUAUUUCCAUGUUAAUCAUCUUUUCAUUGUGCCCUUCCACUCAGCCUGCGCUACUUAAUAAUAAUUUUGACUGUUUUUAGCAUUUUAAGAGAGGAAGCAUCAUUACCAGCUUGUUCUUUCUGAAACAAAAAGAAUUUGUUUAUUUGAUUUGUUGUUGUUGUGUCCUGGCAAUUGAUUUGAUACUAUAAAGAUCCUUGUAUUCUGACCUCAGGUUUGUAUAAAAAAAUCAAUGUCUGUCUUUCCUUUCUAGUUUCUCCUUAUUUAAAAUCCUUGUCAAUGGUGGCUGCAAACAAACUCCUUCAUCUUCUGGAGGUACGUAAACUGGAGCCUUCGUGUUUGAUCUCACUAUUGGACAUUCAAACUUAUAAGCACUCAGACCUGUUAUGUCCUAUGAGUUCCCUAAGCGGGCACCCCUCCCCUUAAGGGUGGAACUUGAUCUUGGGGCCUCUGGUUACAAGGUCAGUGCUCUAACCACUUGGUCAUCCUGCCUCCAAUGGAUUACUAUGACAUCUGGCCAUGCAUUAAAAUAGUGGCCAAUAUGGGAGGUUUCAAACAAUAAAAACGUUUAACAGUCACUUCAAAAAGUGGCUGUGGUCUCUUUGUACAGCGUUGAUUUAAGACAAGUGUCACCCUGUUUAGUCAUUUGAGGGAGACAAUUCAGGGGUUUUGGCUGUGUGGUCACUUACAAGAUGGUUAACUGACUCACAGGAGUUAGAGGGUGACCAAAGUAAAUUUUCCGAUCAAAAUAUUAUUGAUGAAAGUUAAGUCUAAUUUGUUGUUCCUUGCAGGCAUUUUCCACUCCGUGGUUUCUCUUUUCCAAUGCAACUAAUCAUCACUUGGUGUUCUUUUUGCUGGAAAUAUUCAAUAAUAUUAUUCAGUAUCAGUUUGAUGGUAUGUGAUUAAAGAAUAUUGUUAUGUUCAUUCAAAGGCUAGAUAGGUUGUCAAAUGCCUAUAAUAUUUCUUAAUCCAAUUUGUAUAGGUAAUAGCAUGAUUAGUAGUGAUAUUUGGCGUAAAUACCACGAGUGAUAUUUUGAAAUUGUUAUACGUAAUUUCACGAGCUAUUAGGCGACUGAAAUUUGAGACAAUUUUGAAAUAUCACGAGUGGUAUUUAUGCCAAAUAUCACAACAAAUCUUGCUAUUAUUUGUUUAUACUACUACCUGCAAAAGGUUUGUAAUUUUCACAUGUAGGUAUUUCAAAUGAAGCUGAAAUACCACUUCUCUCAGCCAAUCAAAUUGUAGAAAUUUCUCAUGUAGUAGUAUAAUGAAAGUUAACUCAAGAUUUCAUUUCUUUCAAUGACGGUGUUUCCAAAUAAAACAUUACAGUCAAACCUCCAUGCCACUAAUGGCCACCUCUCCACAACGGCCUUUUUUUUGGUGGACAGUCCAUACAUUGACAGAUUUCAUUUCUUUCAAUUACGGUGUUUCCAAAUAAAAAAAAUUACGGUCAAACCUCCGCUAAUGGCCACCUCUCUACAACGGCCACUUUCUUCCCUUCCCAAGGUGGCCGUUGUGGAGAAGUUCAAAUGUAGAUACAUGAUGAUGCAUGAUGAAUGUUACAUUAAGACACCACCUAACUAAGUCAAGACUCAGGGGCUAAAAAAUGAAAUUGCAUAAUUAUUGAUUGUUAUUUGCAGACGGGGGUAGCACUAAGUGCUGGGGGCUGUGGCUACUACAGUUGAGCAUCCACUAAUGACCACCUCUCUACAACGGCCAUUUUUUUUUGAGGGGGGGAAGGGGACAGUCCAUACAUUCUCUCUUGUUUCAACCUCUCUACGAUGACCACUUUCUUUUGUCCCCUAGGUGGCCAUUGUAGAGAGCAUGACCCUGAGCUACUAGGAACCCAAAAAGAACUUCCUCGCUGUUCAGUUCUCUGACUAAUAAUUUUAUAUACUAUGUCUGUCUCUGUUUUUCUAGGGAAUUCUCAUCUUGUUUAUGCGAUUAUAAGGAAGAGAAAUAUCUUCCACCAGGUAAGUUCAUUAUCAGUUUACUGGGGUUGAGACUGUGGAAGAUGGGGUGAAACCUUAGUAGUAGCCAGGAGUAAGGUCUAGAAUACAUGGUGAUGAUGGAUUUCUUCGUUAAUAAGUCAUGUACGUAUCUAAGAAGACAUCCAUACCAAUGCAAUUAUUUUUAAUACAAAACUUUUAUUCAUAGAUGCUAACGUUCAAGUAUUGGAUUAAAAUAUAUACCCUAUGUACAUUCUUCUUGUGUGUACGAAAAGAAUUGCAAGAACAAAAAAUAAUAAUUCAAACUGAGUGAUGUGGAUAUAUUGGCCUUUGUUACCUCCCUAUACCUGGGAUGAUUCUAACCCCCACGCUAAUGUGCUUGAUAUAAUAAUAAUAAUAAUAAUAAUAAUAAUAAUAAUAAUAAUAAUAAUAAUAAUAAUAAUAAUAAUAAUAAUAAUAUAUAUUAUUGUUAUUGGUUGUUGUUGUUGUUGCUAUUAAAGUAGUUUAAUUUUUUGUGUGUAAUGUUUUAGUUAGCAAACCUUCCAACUGAUCCAGCAACUGUUCAGAAACCAAGAAGAUCAAGAAUAACUUCUCAAGGUUCCGAAAAGUAAGUUCAUUAGUAUUUAUCCUUUUCCUGAAACACAUUCAGGAUAAAUUUUUGUGACAGAUGUACAUUGUUCAUAUUGGUUGGUACAGGGGCCAGAUGAGCAAAUGUUUGUUUGUUUUGAUAGCUGUCGUAAGUUCCUCUCUUUGGAAAAAGUGAACUUAGCUUGUCCACUUGAAUAUGGACCACCCUCUCCCUUCAUCCCAAAAGGUUUUGUUUGUGUUCAGUUGGAAAAGUGUUGCUUAGAUUGCCGUUGUGUCGUUUUGCAGGGAUGCCCCUACAUCAAGUAGUGAUGGAGAGGAAAAGAAGCCUGUAGCCAGUUCUUCAGCAUCUGGUCACAUGCCUGAAAUGUCUGCAGACAGUAAGCUCAUGCCAUUGCAACAUUCUGAAUGUUCAGUGUUAAAGGGGUCUUUGGACAGUGACGUGGUUGAAUGAAAUGAAAUUACAUACCAAAUGUAAAAAAAUUUCAAAUUUCUUUGUGUAAAAUCCUAAGAAGUAAAUAGUUCUAUGCUAAACUUCUGAAAAAGGGAUUUCAUUUGAAUGGUAACAUCACAGGAUAUCGUCUACAGGUUACAAAGUCAUAGUGGUGACGAAUAAUCUCUCCAUAACCUUGGUCUAGGAGUGAAGGGGUUGACUCGCAUGCAAUAGGCAAAUUGACAAAGAACAACUGCGUCGCCGUCUGACCUGAUUUGUUUUCCUGUAUAGUGUCUGUGAAAGAAAUGCGUAGUCCUGGCAGUGAUUCAGAGUCCAGUGAUGUAGAGGCGCGCUCCACAGGGGAGGUGACCCCACCCAGCACCCCUGGAACAUUACGUACAGAGAAGAAAUCCAUUGGACGGUCUGCAUCUGUCUCUAGCUCUGGACCUUUUGUUGCGACACCUGAAUGGGUACUACUUAUUUUAUUUUUCUUUCUCUUCAUACUUAGUUGUUUCUUUUUUCCCUCAACCUUAUUAACAGUUUGGAGAGAAAACAAAGGAUAUUGCUAACCUGAAAGGAGUUUGAAUACAAGAUAGUAAUUUUGUAACAUAUUGCUAACUUGAGCUUAGCAUUCCGUCGGGAAUUAUUGGUUUAUCUUCUGCCGUUCCUUGUUUUAAGCACCCGUUAAAAACACCACCUUACACUGUAUUACGGCUACCUAUUCAAGAAACAAUUACUUCUUUUUCAAUCAAACAAAGGACGUGAAGAAUAGUUGUAUGGAACUGAAAUUCCAAUUAAUUAGGCUGCUUUAGCAACAGAACGGGAACGUCAUUUGACGACGGAAAAGCGCGCGAAAAGGACUAAACUCGACUUCCGGUGCCGAAUUUGCCGCUCUGCCAUUGGUCAAGCCAGUUGUUUGAUUUGCGCGCGCCGUCGUCAACUAACGCUCCCGUUCUGUUGCUAAAUCAGCCUAAUAUGCAAGACAACGUUUACCCCUGGGCCUAUUAAUUGAGCUACAUUUCCAUGAUAGAAGACCCACUAUUAGUUACGGAUUAACUCAAUGUUUAGCAGUUAAAGAACUAUUUGUUAUUUUCACAUUAUUUUGCAGGUACAAUCUUGGAAACAGAAGCUUCCACUUCAGACUAUAAUGCGAAUGCUACAAGUGUUGGUCCCUCAGGUAGAGAAGAUUUGUAUUGACAAGUAAGUUGGCUUUAAACUCAUUUUGAUUUCAUUUCAACAUGAUUGCGCAGCUGUCCUUCAAGCAUAUUAACUUCAAGUAGCUGUAGUUAACUGCGGUAUAGCGGUACAGUUGAAGUUCUCCUUUUGGUUACCUCUGUAAUUACGGACGUCCCUGUAAUAGUCACGUUAGCUUUUCCCCAAGUGUCCAUAUUAAAGGUCUUGACGUUAGAUUAUAUUUUUGAAUGCGCUAGCUUUUCUGUCCGGAUUCAAAAUUUCCACGUCCACACGUAUCCGUAUUCAAAUAGAAUUUGCUCGUCCACACGUAUCCGACACAUAUCCGGAUUCACUCUAGUACCCAGGACUCUUAUGGGAAUAUUGGCAACAGAGCAUGCGUCGUAAAGAUGGGUAAGAGAGAGACCCUGGGAACAAGGUUGCCAUCUUGAAUACAGUAUUCACGGUAAUCUUGUUACGUCACCGCAUAAAAAAAUAUCCGGAAAGAAAAGUUGCGGAUUCAAAAAUUUCCUGAUACAUGUGGACGUGGCCUAAAACUAUGACCAGUAAAAGCUGCGCGUGUAAAGUUAGCUUCUACCCAGCUGUUAUUUGUCGCGUCACGCUGACCUAGUCCUUUGAUGGCAUCUUCCCAGGCUAUCCGGUCAAUGCAUACCACGUGACCUUAAACGUAUCAGACAAGGCAAGAGUCACGAAAUGUUUCUUUCAAUAGAGUGUUUUCACUCACGUGGACAGCAUAUAUGCAAAUUUAUUGUAACAAAAGAAAGCGUUUGCAUAAGAAAAGAGUUUAACUCCCAGGGGACUGGUUUGAGACAGCAACAUGGCCGCUGUUUCAUUGUUUUGGGACACCAAUAUGGCCGCCGUGACGUCAUGUGAAAACACUCUAUACCCUGGGUACCAGAGGUUUUUCUUUCGUGUGCGACGUGCGGUGAGAAGCUUCAUCGGUUACAGGCCGAAGCCACGAGCGGCGAGGUCACUAAGUUGCGCAAGGAAAGCCUCUGGCACCGAGGAUGUCCUCGCAACCGUUUACAAACAUUCGAUGGAGAAAAAGUAAAUGUGUGAUAUGCGAAGCCCGCCUUGAUGAAGUAAGCUAUUAAGUUGAACAAGAAACCUAACCUGUACACCCCUGCUCUGUUCAAUUUACCUUUCGCCUUAUCUUAGCACACCGUCAACACUCUCAGCUCUCCUUUUGGAGAAUAACAUCAUGAGAAUUCACUCGCGUGUGGUACUCUAAAGGAGACACUGCCCACUCGCGCGUUUUUUCGGGGAUCGUUUCGCUUGCCCCUCGAAAUGGGAAACCUUGUUCGCAGGUGAUUUACAAAUGGGUGAAACAAUUUAUGAAGACUUGAGAUGAAGCCUUCAAGUUUAAGAUAUGAUCCAGGCGGUGUUGAAAUCAGAUUAUCCAACUGGAGAAUCGUUGAGAUGAAAAAAACGUGCGGCAAGCUGCUUGGGACGGUGUCCCAUCCAGGAAAGAAAUAUAUAUGUAUUUGCAGUUAAUUGGUGGUAAGUUUUUUUAUUAUACAUGUGUUGGGUGUGUUUUCAGGGGCUUGACGGAUGAGUCUGAGAUUAUCAAGUUCCUUCAACAUGGUACUCUGGUUGGGCUUCUACCAGUUCCACACCCAAUAUUGAUCAGAAAGUAUCAGGUAAAAAUUAGUAGUGUCAUGCUACUUCAGAUGUUCAAGGAAUAUCUUCAAAAUUUUACAAUUUUUUUCUUCUUCUUUUAAAAACAACUGCCUUGAUUUCGUGCACAUGCACCUUGCCACUUAUCAAAAUGAGCUGUUCAGCAUUUUUGUCCUACUUACUCUAUCCUGUUUAAGGUCGGCUAUGUUCACACAAUACCGGGUAGCUAACUUGCCCACCUACCCCUCCCCUAACCCAACAUUUUGCCCCAAGUGAGACGCAAAUGUUAACGUUGAGUUAGAGGAGGGGUAGGUGUGCAGUUUCCCAAAAACCUAAAUUGAUCCGCUAACUUUCGGGCCGGCACGAAAACCAUACCGGGGAGUUAAGGGAGGGGUAGGUAGGCAUGGCACGCAAACCAUACCGGAUAGGGCUUCUGUUCACACAUAACAACGGUGAUUUCGGCGCGGUUUCUGUAACGGACCGAAGCUACGCCGCUCCGAUCUCUAAUUCGCUGAAGUGGAGAGUCACAUAAAUUAUCGGAUAGGUGUUCAUACCAUACCCGACAGCUUUUCGUGUUUGUACGAAAAGCUGUCCGCUAUAGUGUGAACACAGCGUAAAGCUAACUUAUGCCCAGUCGUCUCUCCAAGACGCGGAGGAUGAUGGGAAGGGACUCCAGCGUUUUAUGAUAACGAUUCAUGAAAUAGGCCACUUCCGAGUUCCAAAAACCCUCACCUUCAAAAUGAGGCCAAGUGCAUAACCUUUCUUGUGCAAAUGAGGUUUAUUUGCAUGAGAAUGAAAAAUCAUUUCCGUAUCAAAGGCUGAGCACUUAACCUAGUUUUGAUAGAGAGGCCCGGGCGAACUCGGAAAUAGCUUAUACCUGUUAAGCUGAUUUUGUGUGCCCAAACUGAAACUGACCUUAAGUGAAGGGAAAGGGGGAACGGGACAAUAGUUGUUGGUCAAACGUCCCGAUCGGGAAUAUCGCGGCGAGAGGACACUUCAAUGCUGUAAGCAUAUUACAGUUCCAGGAUCUGUGGAUGAGUGGUUCAAUGACGAUUUCCUCAUGAUUUGUUUCUGUACAGGUUGUUUUCCAUGAACAAAGUUUCUGUCCGAAAGGUUCGGUCGGUAUCAGCCCGAUUAACGCGGGUGAACAAGCCGAGCUGAGUUGGCCUAAUUACGCUUUUAAUUCGAUUGCAAAUUGUUGCCCGUCCAAGAAGAUUUCCACCGGAAAAAAAAAAAGCAAACAAAAAAUUAUACACGUUAUACACUUUUACUGGAAUGACUUCCUUUCCCAUUUGUAUUUUAUCUAGUAAACUACCACAGUCUUUGGUUUAUUCGACCACCAUAAAGUUUUCCUCACAUUGUCUUUUGUUUUUUAUCCUAUUUAAGGCUAACAGUGGUACCCAGAUGUGGUUCCGUACUUACAUGUGGGGAAUAAUAUAUCUAAGGUAAGGAAAACACAAACACACUCACGCACACACAGUAGACGGCCUAGACGUAUCAAUUGGGGGAGUGGAUAUUCCGCUAUUUUUUUAAAAACUCUCUGUAUAUUUUCGCUUACAGCAUAUUAGCUUUGUUGAGCUUGUUACUGUUAUGCGAAUGAACGACCUCUCUCUUUUCAACACCCCCUCUUGGACCCCUAAAAUUAAAUAGACGCUCCGGGCGUUUGUUAAGUCAUUAGGGAGCUAAAGCAACAUCGACGGCGACGGUUACGAAAACGUCAGUUAAAAAGCGUGUUCGCGCUGCUUCAAACUUAAUUGCGCCUAUUCGAUGUCGUUCAAUUCGUCAAAUGUUGGAGAAAUUUUCUGGAGUUAAAUUCUAAAGGACUGUAUCAAAGUUCAAAAAAAGAGAAAAAGGGUCGUUGUCUUGUGUUGACGUCGUCCACAAAACGUGAAAUAAGACAAUUUGACGUCGUAGUCGCGCAACGACGGCAAAGAAAUGUACAGAAAAACGUGGUGCACGUGCAAAGUUGUUGUUUUGGCGAUCUAAACUUAUUGCGUUUUUGCCGUUCUCGUUGCUGUCGCCGCUGUCGUUGCUUAAGCUUCCUAUUUACGAUACUGCUGCCUCCUUUUUACAUGGUAUGGUAAUCCAUCGUAUAGUCACUCUUGAAGUCUUCACUCAUGAAGCAGGCAUGCGAGAAGAUGAGGGGUCCAGUUGUUCAAAAGGUGGAUAACUCUAUCCACCGGAUAAAUCUCUAUCGAGUGGAUCUCGCGAUUGGUUUUUCUAACACUUUUCCGUCGGAUAGUGACUUAUCCGGUAGAUACAUUAUUCACCGGAUAAAUCUCUAUCCAGUGGAUAACACAAUUGGUUUCCCCUUCUCCGCUGGAUAGCGCUACUCAGCGUCUUGAAAAACCGGGGCCAGAAAAUACUGAAACCGCGGCCUAUUUUAUUUAUUCAUUUUUAUUUUUUUGCAGGAACAUUGAUCCACCAAUUUGGUACGACACAGACGUCAAACUCUUUGAAAUUCAGCGAGUGUAGAGAUCAUGAGCAAGAGUAAUGAGGGAGAAUACUCAACGAGGAAAACUAAAGUCGCUAAUGGUUUUACGACAAAUGAAAAUUAAUUGCAUUCUAAGCUGACUGGUGUGGGUUCAUUUGAAUAUUAAUGUUUGGACAUUUUGUUUAUGUUCAGGAACCACACGAAGGUCUACAAAGUACAUAUUAUUAAACCAACAGGAAACAGGCGUAAAAUGUGAAAUAUUUAUUAAGUGAAGUAACCUUGUCGUUACAAUGUAAUACGUAAUCACUGUAUUUAUAACCGUUGUAUCCAAUGACAUUUAAUUGGCUCUUGAAACAGUGCACUUUGGUUAGUCGGUUAUGCCGUAAAAACCCUCAGGUAAGAACCUACAGAUUCUUAUAUAAAUGGUAAUUAGCAUGAAUUUUGCCUGUUUAGGUUCUUGAGUAGGGUGUUAUUUUCUGAAGAAAAAAAAAAGACAUUUUAGCUAAAAUUAUUUAGCGGUGUUCAGCUUAUUCCUUAUGUAAAAUCUGCUUACCAUUACAUUGCAGUUUUGAGUGACAAGGCACCUAUGUCUUCAAGGGGGGUCCUGAAUGUUGACUUAUCUUAUUUGCCUAAGUGUACAGAAUUUUUUUUUAUAGAUUGUAGAAAAUAAGAAACUGUUUAACAUUUUAUGCUGAACAGGUUAUUGUAUUGAAGGGACCUAACUGGCAAAUCUUGGCUUGAUAGGUUCUUAAAAACCAGGUUCUUAUUCGCGGAUUUUUCUGUAUUUUGAAUGCACUUUGUUCAGUUCGUUAUGUCCUAUAUGUCUUGAUGUUACUGGUAACCUGCAAUUAUGACGAAACAAAAUUUUAAGCGUCAAAAAAAAUAAGAGUAUGUGAGAGCGUCAUUGCAUUAAAAAUACUUUAUAUAAAAUGUUACCUAAGAACGAAAUUUAAGGGACUGGUUCACGGUUAAGCGCAUACUCAUUAAUUAAAUUACUUCUUUCCAAUUUAUUAUUAAUUCUAUCGGUUAAUAAUCCCACUCACAUGUAUCUCAGCGAUCUCAGAGUGUAUUUCAAUGUAGAAUUGUAUUCAGAGUAACCUGAAGUGGGAUGGAGGAGUACUAAAAUCGCAGAAAGAAUUAGUGGAUUAUGCCAACACUACCAACGUUGAAUUUAUUGUUGACCCGAAGGUUUUAUUCCAUGGUUGAUUAAUUUACCGCUGUUUGCAAAUAUUUAAGUUGAUCAAGUGCAAGUGAUUGCCAGGGGAGUGUGCAGAUUGGUUCUUUGACAACAUUAUGACAUGAUCAUAUUGCUUGCAUAGACGAUACAGCAUGUCGCGCCAGAAAUACAGCAUUUUGAUAAUUGAGCAUGCGCUGAACCGUAAACCAGUCCCUUUAAGAUUAUAUCAGGGCAAUAGGCUUCCCGGUGUAUCUGAUGACGUAGUUGUAAUCUGUCAGGUUAAAAACUCUUCUGCCCGAACAUUGCUUUCAAAAAAAUUCGUAAUACAGUUGUAGCAAUUUUACUCAUUGAAUUUGAUUGUUAGGCCUCGGUUCAAACAUUGCAUUUCGCAUCUGCCGAAUAUAAAAAUUCGUUUGCACCGGGUCUCAUCUCAGCUUCGACGAUGAAAUUUAUUAAUAUCACAGUGUGUAGUCAAAUGGUGACGUGAAAUUAUCCCCCAAUUUCACGAGUGUACCAUUUACCAAAUAUAAUGGGUGACAAAUUACGCUUACAAUUGUGGGUUUUUGCCAUGUUUAUUGUAUUGAUGGGAAAGUCCACGCUCUGUUUAUAGCGUAAAUUUUGGCAAGUUCAGAAUUUUCAGAAUUUUUAUUGAAAAUACCUGAUAGAAUUACUUUGAUGUACUCUUUUGUAUGUUCAGGUUUUUCAAAGCGUCUUCAUUCACAUUAUCUUAGAGGCCAUCUUGGCACUGAGGUACGAAACGUUGUCGCGGCAAUUUUGUAAUUUCACCUGUGAAAUUAUAAAUUAACGCUGAAAUUUGUCACCUAUGAUAUUCUAAGUUCAAUAAUAUUAAUAGAGUCUUCAACUCGACACCAGCUGGC